AUGAUUUUUCUGGUGAACGCGACGUACACCGUCUGGCUGCCCGUCUACAGUGUCAACGACCACUCGUACAACAACUACUUUUACAAGCUGCUAUUAUUCAUCGAAUUGGCAUUGUCGCUUGUGGCGUUUUGGUUCACAAUAGUCACCGUCUACAUCAUCACAACGUCGCGCGCGUUUCACCGAAACAUGAACUCGCUGAUCGCGGUGAUCGUAGCCUCGUGGCUGUUAUCGUUGGUCUCCAGAUCCAUUCUGACUCCCUACGUGAUCGGUAGAUGGACAAUAGACGGAAUCGCGAGCGAGUUCCGUUGUUGGUGGACUGACGACGUGUCCGAGAUGGCGCACAUCAACUCGAUGACCGACGCGUGGCCCUUGUUCUUCGGCGGAGCUCUCACGUGGUAUUAUAUGUUCACAAUGGUCACCUGCUUGUUUAUUUUGUCGCUCGAACGCAGUUUUGCCACUUAUUUCAUAAGGUACACCGAGAAAAAGAGUUCCGCACCGUUUUUUGUUUCAGAAACUACGAGAAGACCUCGAGAAGCUACGUGUUCAUUCUUCUUCUAAUCUUCCAACACGUUCUCGUCAUAAUCAUGACGUACAUUGUGUUCUGGAAUCAAAUCCAUUUCGCGCCCGCCAUCACUUUUUGUCUCGUACUCAAUAUGGCAGCCGUCCUGGUUGGAAAAGCCUUCGGGCCUUUUGAAAAACCCGUUUUUUGCAGAUUUUCUGGUUCAAUCAACGCUACAACCGAUUCUUGAUACGAAAAUUUGAUAAGAACCGAAAGAAGAGCAUCAGUUUAUACUCGCUUCCCGCCAAAUUUCAAGCAAAAGAAAAUGUGAGGAGUUUCAAUGUGAGUGUCGGCGUGGCCGUGGCCUAACUUUUUUGUUCCCCAAAUGUUUCUCUUCCAGCUAACCAUUCGAGUGAUAGUCUGCGGAUUCGUACUCAUUUUCUCGGCAAUCACUUGUAUUAUAGUGCUAACGUGUAAAUUGCUGCCAUCUCUCGUCACUUUGACCGUCUAUGCGUCCGAGAAUAUUGUGCAUUUGUAGGUUGAAAGUCGCGGCGUCCAGAGCUGACAAUAUGGGCGUGGCCUCGGCGGCCAAAUGACGUUUUCAUGAAUUGAGCACGUUUUUCUCUGAUUUUUGUGCUCAAAGGCGAUGAAAAAUGAUUGUUCGACAUGAAAACACACUAAUUCUCACGGAAUUCAUGACGUUUUGGCGCAUUCUUCGCGGACUCGGCGCUUUCUCGACCGUUUUCCAGACUUGCAACGGGCCGGGCCAAAAUUGGAAAUUUUCCGGCCCGGCCCGGCCCGGUCGGCCCGGGAGGAUGCACCUAAAAAUUCAAAGCGAACUAGAACUUCGAAACGAACAUAAUUUAAACUUUAAAGUCGCAAAAUUUUCACAAAAAUUACGAAAAUUUUCUCAAGAGUGGGCGGAGCGAUUGAUUGCAACUCUGGCACGCCAUUUUAGCAAUUUUGCCGCACGCGUUUUCCUCUUCCUUCAUAUUUUUUUUGCAUAUUUUUUUUGAGGUCUAGCCGACCGGGCCGGGCCGGGCCGACGAUUUGCCGGCCCGGGAUUUGGCAAGUCUGCCGUUUUCAGACAGAAUUGGUUUUGAGAAUGAUAAAUCACGUAAAUACAAGCAUUUUGAGCGCUCGAACCGCGAAAAUCACCGAAAAGCAACUGAAAUUCACGCAGUUUUAGCCAAAAACCUUCAAACGGAUAAAUGUGAUUUGCGACUUGACCAAAUUUAACGCUAAAAAAUUCGUAAUGGCCUAUACAAUCGGUCUAUCGAGAGACAAAUGAGAAAUUAUCGGUUUUUCGUGGCUAAUCUGGCAAAAAACACAAAUUUUGCUGUUAAAAUUUGAAUUUCGCGCCAUUGAAUCGCUCUAUUGGGCGGGGCGCACUUGCGCCGUGCAUUGUCAGCUCUGGAGACCGUUUAAAGUGCAUUUUCUCAAGAAAAGACAAAAAGCAAAAAUAGUUUAGAAAUCCGCUAAUCGUGUGUCCGGUGCUCAUCUUCUCCGUGAGCACCUGGAGCAAGGCGCUGAUGCACUCGCGUCUUCAUUGGAUCCACAAAAUCACCGACAUCACUUUCAUCGAUCUACCUCAACGGAAUGUCGGUCAGCAGCACGAGACCGACACCUACUUCUCGCAAUUACAGACUUCUUGGGAGCGGAGGACGACUUGAUUGGAUUGAGCGAAGACGAAGAUUUGAAAAUAAUUGAACUACUGUCAAUAGUUGUGCUCUCAACUGUUUCCCCACUUUCAACUCUCCAACCGAACCGACAAUAUCUCUCAACUUGACCCGUUAUUCUGGUUUGUGCUCGAGCACACUUCUAGGACCAAUUUUCGUACAACUUUGUCUAGUACACAAACUUUAGGAGACGUGCACAUCAUAAACACUAAUUAGACCGGCAAAAUUGUACCCUCUGCUCCUCUCAAGCAGCCUUUUAUAGGCCAAAGCGAUAAAUGUUCAAUUGAUCACUUUCACUCUCUCUCUCUCUUUCUCUCUUUUUCUCAAACUGACGUGAGACUUUCAGCGCCCCGUGACAGCUGAAAAAGCGGCUCGUUUUCGCGAGAAAACGCUCUAAAUCUCCCCACGGACUCAAUUUGAUUUUAUUUUUAUAUAAUAUUGUCCUUCUCUCUCUCUCUCUCUCUCUCGCCACGUUGUGAUAUUGUCGACUUCUCGCUCGUUUCGCCCCCCACGAUUUAUGAUAUUCCUGAUCGGCAACUCGACACAAAACUACACAAUCUGCUUCCCGGUCUUCAUCAUUCAGGAUCCGCGCGUUCGCACUUUUCCCUACUCGAUGUUGCUCGCGCUCGAACUCUUUCUCGCCGUCGCCACCGCCUACUACGUGGCGAAAUUGGCGUACGUGUGUGUGCGCAUUCGAAAAUUCCAUCGCAACAUGAAUGUGCUCAUUUUGCUGUUCGCUCUUCAAUGGUUCGAGGUGGUCGCGGCGAAUCUGAUGAUAAAGCCGUACGAGACGGGAAUGAUGAGUGUCACAGGUGAGCGAGUACGUGUUAUCGGGCCGCCAAUGGCCAAACUUCGAGCUCAAAAACCGAGUCCAGUUGUUUCCAAACAACUCUCAAUACUUUUGACUCAUUCUCGGAAGCUCUUCCGCUUCCCAGCAAUCUAAUUUGCAUACCUGGAAUGUGAAAACAUGUUUAGUUAUCGAAAACAUGUUCCUGGGAGAGUAGAACUAGUUGGAAUCGGUUUUCAGAUCAGAAAAGCCAAGCGGGCCGACAAUUGAAUGAAUAUUGUACAUUUCCAGAGCCGGGCACAACGAUCAAGCAGUGGUGGACGGACGACGAGACGGAAAUGAUCCGACUGGCCGACGUUUCCGACCAGUUCUACCUGUUCGUCGGCGGAUUUCUCAAAUGGCACUACAUUCUCUCGAUGUGCACAGUGCUCUUUGUGCUUUCGAUCGAACGCGCGUUCGCCUGCUACUUCCUCAACGAUUACGAGCAAAAAUCGAGAAAUUGCCUCCUCGUUUGUCUCGUUUUCGGAUAUCAUGGCACUAUUUUCGUCGCCAGCGUCUGCUUCUUCUACAACGCCGCUCAUUUCGCGUUCGGAAUGCUGUUUGUGGUCACGCCGAACGUCGUCGCUCUUUUGGUGAGUCUGUGGGGAAUGGGAAAUUCGAUGAAAAUCGUGUUUUGGUAUCAGAAAAGAGUUUCGGAACUUGUUUUUGUUACAAAACCCGUUCCAGGGCAAGUUCAACAGAAAAGAAAAGAGCACAAAACAUGUCUGGGUCUCAGUAAACACUUCUGGAACAUGUUUUUCCGUGUCCACACAGCAAAACAUGUUUCAACUCAGAGACAAGACGUUUCGCAACCAAGACCCUUUGAAGACGUUGAUGAAAAUUACAUCUUUCAGUUGCCAAGUGUCCUAACCUAGUGCCUUGCAGAUGUUCACCUACACACGAAACUUCAACCAGAGAAUUCUGAAAGCAAUCGAAGACUUCUCGAAUCCGGCGGAUUACUCGCUGCCGGCGAGGUUCCAGGUGCGCGAGAACAUGCGUUGUUUUCAAAUGAUUUCGCGGGUUCUCUUCUCUGCAUUCUGCCUCAUUUUCUUCGGCUGCUCCGUCAAUAUUAUCAUGUUCUUCGAGCUGGCGCCCACGCUCGACCCACUUUGGAACCUGUUGUUCGAGUUUUCCAUCCAUUUGUGAGUGCUUUUCUAGACCCUCUUAUUCAAAGCAACGUAUCGCAGUUGUCUGUAGAGAUAUCAAAAAGUUGUCAACUGGGAAAAUGUAUAGAAUUUCUUGGUGAACAUUUUAUUAGUUGACAACUUGUUGAUAUCUCCACUCGCAGCCGAGAUAUAUUGUCUUAGACAAGUUGGCAUCAUUCCAGAAACCCGCUUCUCAUCUGUCCGACGCUCAUUUAUUCUGUGGACGCGUGGCGCAAUUUCUCCGUCACCGGACGCUUUUUUCAACGGCUCAGACUGAGAACAUUCAACAAAGUGAGCUCGAUUUCGUUCACGGACGCAAGUGGAGCGGUCGCCAGAACGGAGAAGAGUCGCAAAGAGACCGACGCCUACUUUGAUCAAUUGAACGCGGCGUGGACUUGA